UACAUACAUAAGCCUAGCUAUAAAUGAAGGAAGGAAUUAGGAACUGCAUCGAUUUUUGAUAGAAUUAAAACGUUGUAUUCGUUUCUUGGGAUUUCUUUACAAGCGUAACCAGAAUGGAUCAAGCACUUCUGAGAGAAAGGGAAGCGUUCUUGAAGAGAGCAAAAUCCCAACCUGUCAUUGAGAAGAAGAGACCGAAAACUGGAUUUUCCAACGAACCACCCCCAAAGAAAAAAAAGCCAGGCCCCGGAUUUUCAGAACCAGGUUCUAGUCGAUUGUCAACAGGCCUGAAUUACAAGACCCAUGCUGGUAGUUCCAAAUAUAAGUUUGGCAUCCUGGCAAAAAUUGUAAACUUUAUGAAGACGCGGUAUCAGGACGGUGACUUCUAUCCACUGAACAUUGAUGAGAUCCUGGAUGAAACCAAGCAGCAAGAUGUCGGUCAGAAACAGAAGAUGUGGCUGGUCAAUGAGGCCUUGCCCAACAACCCGAAGGUCAACUUUGAGGAUGGAAAAUACAGCUUCAAACCUGCUUACAACGUGAGGAACCGGAAGGAGAUGGUUCGUCUGUUGAAGAGGCAUGAUCAGCGGGGGUUGGGUGGUAUCAUGAUGGACGAUGUCAUGGAGAGUUUGCCUCAUGCCAAGAUUGGAAUCAAGAAACUGGAGAAAGCUGGUGAAAUAAUUAUCCUCACAAGACCAGACAAGAAACAGGUUGUGUACUACAAUGACAGGACGUAUAAACUCAAGAUAGAAGAGGAGUUUAAAGAGUUAUGGAACAGCACAACAGUAGACUCAUUAGAUGAAGAAAAGAUCCAAGAUUACCUCAAGAAACAAGGCAUCAACUCAAUGAAGGAUCAUGGACCAAAGAAAUUUAAUGCCCCGCAGAGGAAGAAACCCAACAGGAAAGGUCAACGAAAGUUCAAGACACACAACGACCACAUAUCAGACGUCCUCAAAGACUACUCCGAAGCAAAGAAAUGAAACCCGUAUCCGUUAUGGACCUUGCUGGCAAGGAAUCUUGGGAUUGUACGUCCAUUUGAAGGCUCAGUUCUUUGUUCUGUCCCACACUCACUGUGUGUAGCAGGCAUUUAAUAACACAUACUUGCUGAAAGUCUACUUUGAUACAAAACAUGAACAUGUGACCAAUGUGAACCUUGCUGGCAAGAAGUCCUGGGAUUGUAUGUCAAUUUGAAGGCUCAGUUCUUUGUUCUGUCCAACACUUCGGAUGUGUAGGAUGCAUUUAGAAAAACAGCCUUGCUCAAGACAACGCCGAUACAAAGAGAUGAGCCUUUGCUAAAUGCGAACUUCACUGGCUAGAAAUAUCUGGAUUGUACGUCGAACUGAAGGCUCAAGUCUCGGUUCUGUCCUACACUUUGGAUGUGUAGCAGACAUUUAAGUAGAUCACUUUCUAUCAUCGCACAUGGGGUGGCUACAGCCAGGCUUUAAUGAAGAACUUAGUUAUCACUGAGACACUUGCAAAGAAUUAACAGACUCAUUUGCAGACGUGAACCUGAUACACAAGGAAACUGGAUUUUAUACAUCUUUCUCAAACACCACAUCGAAUUUAGUACAUCGACUAUAGGACUAUGUUCACAUUCAACACAUAUGAUGGGCUGGGGAAUCACUUUGAUUAAUAGUUGUAUUUAAAACAUAAACAUUGCCAUAUAUGCAAAGAAUUUAGAAAAUCCUUGUGUGUUUAUGUGAAGAAAGUAAAAGAAACUGAAUGUACAUCUACAAAUUACAGUGUAUGCUGAUUCUUGCUGAAAGAUUUAGGAAUCGCCCAAGUAGUAAGAAAUUUAAGGAGAUCUGUAGAGAGGAACAUUCACAGCACGCAAAACGCAUAAGUUAGAAAUGAAGAUAAAUCACUUAAAUCCUGAAAAUCCAAUGUGCAGUUCUGGUUAACAAUUUUUGUAAAUCUUAGUUCCAUGUGUUUUUUUGGGGGGGAAAUGUAUUUUAAGAUACAGACUAUACUGUGAUUGUUUAUCAUUAUAAUCCCAUUUUUUCCAAGUUUUCUCUGAAAAUUAAAGAGAUAUAUGGCACAUACUGUGUAGAGAUUGUGUAUAUCUCAAAGUUUGCAAAUCAAACAUUUUUUAUCACAAUAAAAUUAAUUUUGCUGCUCAAAAUCAUGUUGACUGAAAGGCAUAUUCUGAAUAGGGAAAUCACUGUUCCUUUGUAAAUGAUCAGAUACACCUUGGUAUUUGCUCUACACCUGUAUGUUCUCAGUACAAUGCACAUAGUUAGGUGGAGAUGACUGUCAUUGCAUCAGAGGAAGGCUCGUGUUAAUCGUCCAUCUCUUUGUAGGUCCAUGGUUUAAUGAAACAAUCAAUUUGCUACUUUGUCUACUACAAUUUGGUUAAUUUUAAAUCUCCCUUUCCAGUUUUAGUGGCAGCUGCAAGAAACUGAUUUACAAUCACUAUUAAGUAAAUGUCAAUUUUUUCAAUGCAUGUUUCUGUUGAAUGAAGCAAACCGGCUAUCAUCUUCAGAACUGAAGUGGCUUCCCUGGGUAAAUAUACCUAUAUCAUUAGUAUUAUUAUUAUUAUUAACUCAAUGGUGGAAGAACGAGAUUGGUAGAAGAGUCAAGAUGGGUAGAGCUGUGCUGCAGCAGCAGCACUGCAAAUUGGUCAUGACGUCAUCAUCUAGGACCAAUUGAAUUGGCAGAAUUUAUCAAAAUUGCAGAAGAACCGCAGGAAAAUUUGACAUGUAAAAUGUCCGAGAUUUGGUCUGCGAUCCUUCUGCAACAAAUUGGAUCGCAGUUUCGGCACGUAAAAUGGCAUGCUCUACAAUCUUGUCGCAAUUGGAUCUUGGUCCAAUUGCAUUGCAUAGUGUGCGCUGGGCUCGAGUGGAAAUUCAACCAAAUUGUGGUUAGACAGAUUGGUACGGCCAAUAGAUGAGUGAUAUAUUUGAUUGAUGAUAUAUAUAUAUAUUUUUUUAGAUUGUUCUUUGGGCCAUCAUAAAAAUGAUGAAAAGUGGCUCAUAAUUGAUGUUUACUUUAAAGCAUGCAUUUGUCAACUACUCUGACAAAAUGAUGAAUUUUAUAUUUCAUAAUUCAAUAAAGACAGGAAAAUUGAAUAA